ACCUGCAGUAAAGACAAUCAUACUUGCAGUAAAGACAAUCAUACCUGCAGUAAAGACAAUAAUACCCGUAAAGGCAAUCAUACCUGCAGUAAAGACAAUCAUACCUGCAGUAAAAACAAUCAUACCUGCAGUAAAGACAAUAAUACCGGUACCUGCAGUAAAGGCAAUCAUACCUGCAGUAAAGACAAUAAUACCCGUAAAGACAAUCAUACCUGCAGUAAAGACAAUCAUACCUGCAGUAAAGACAAUCAUACCUGCAGUAAAGACAAUCAUACCUGGUACCUGCAGUAA